AUGACAGGCACCGAGUACGGCCUGAUCUACGACGUCGAAGUCCAGUUCGGCAACCAGUCAUUCAUCCUACUGGCAGACACCGGGAGCAGCGACACAUGGGUUGUCCGUGCCGGCUUCCGCUGCAUCGACAAGGCCGACAGCUCGGAGCUGAAGCCCGAAGACUGCCAGUACGGCACCACCUACGACCCACCCGACAACCUCGCUCCCGUGGACAACCAGACAUUCAGUUUGCAGUACGGCACCGGCAUUGCCAUGGGCGUUGUCGGCUUCAAGGACGUCACCCUAGCCAGCAUCACGGUGCACAACCAGACCGUCGGCGUCGUCGACAGCACCACGGACGUCGGCGACGGCCUUAUCAGCGGCAUCCCGGGAUUGGGCUACCCGCCCCUGACGUCGGCACACCCAGGCACCAACUACCCCAACGACUCACUGCUGCUCGACCGCGCGCGCUACGACCUGCUUGUCACCACCAUGCUCAAGCGCGGCCUCGUCGAGCCGUGA